GGGCACUCGACGCCAAACACGGUGUCUGGGAAGGUCUUCACCAUCCUGUACGCCAUGGUGGGCAUCCCGCUCUGUCUAGUGCUCUUCCACUCCAUCGGCGAGCGCCUCAACAUGGUCUCCUCCAUCGCCAUCAGGCACAUCAAGAAGAUCCUCAAGUGCCAAGACACGGACGCCACGGAGAUCGACCUCAUCCUGGUCGUGACGACGCUCUCCACCAUCACCAUCACCUCCGGAGCGGCGGUCUUCUCCCGCUACGAGCGCUGGUCCUACUUCGACUCUGUCUACUACUGCGUCAUCACCCUCACUACCAUAGGGUUCGGGGACAUGGUGGCCCUGCAGAAGGAUCACGCCCUGGACCAGAAGCCCGAGUACGUGGCCUUCGCCCUCAUCUUCAUCCUCUUCGGCAUGGCCAUCGUCGCCGCCUCCCUCAACCUCUUCGUCCUGCGCUUCGUCACCAUGAACACUGAGGACGAGCGGAGAGACGAGGCUGAGGCUCUCCAGGCGGCGGCGGGCGCGGUGCGGCUUGAGGGCGACGUGAUAACUGCCAACGGGUCCAUCCUCUCAGGUCAAUGUCCGCAGGAGGGCGCCUCCUUCACCGACCUCACCUCCGUCUGCUCCUGCACCUGUGCCUCCUGCCACGCCUUCCCCUUCAGACCCUCCUACAGCUUCCGCAAGCGGUCUAUGAAUCUGUCUUACAUUCUCCCGCGACGGCAGCGCCGCCAGCAGCGCCGGGAUCAGCAGCAGCAGCACCGGGAGCAGCAGCAUCAGCAGCAGAUGCAGCAGAGGGAGGAACAAGAGCGAGAGAGAGAGGAGAUACAAGUGACCCACACGGACACUCAGGAGGAACUGUGCUCCUCGUCCUCAGAGAGCGGGGUGCUGCACACGCCCACGCAUGCGCAGAAAAGAAACUCUGUUUAGUGAUACGUGUAGAGAGAAGACUCAUAAAGGAGAAAAUAUUCAGAGGAGAACACAGGAACAGAAAAUGGUAACAGUGCCGAAGGAUUAUCAAUAAGGCCUAAUUAGAGGAAAGAAAAACAUGUGCAUUAGAACUCGACAGAGGAACCAACCGAGGUUCCAAGAGUAAUGAACAAUAACGAACAGAACACGUAGGAACAGUAUUCUGUUGAGAACAGUAUUCUGUUGAGAACAGUAUUCUGUUGAGAACAGUAUUCUGUUGCGAGCAAUAUUCUGUUGCUUGAACAGGGACCUUUCAAGGUAUCAUGAGAGCAUUACCGAUGCCAUGUCAAGUUAUUGCAAGCGUUCACGCGCUCAGUACUGACAAAAAUAACUCACAAACUCUAAAGACUGUAUAACAGUGUCAUGCUGAACGUUCCUGGACAGAAGAAUGUCAUUCUCCAGUGAGUGAUAUGGGACAAAAUGCUAAAAAAAAAAGAAAAUUAUUGUUGAUAAAUCUAGCCUUGACGCAUUCUGAGAUAUUACCCAUACUAAGCCUAUACUUAUUUUAAGGUAUCUUAUUCACUUUGUUAUAUAUUUCUUCCUAUAUUUAACAGGAAGAAUAUAGUAUUUUUCAGGUAAAUAUCUCACAAAACUUGGUUCAAGUAAGGUGGCAUUAGGUGUGGAACACGGAAAUAAAGCCGUCCCAAACUUAUUUACUCCCAGCGCCUGUGUUGGUGCGCGGAUCUGAACCAGCCAACGUUGUUUAUCCUAGACUCGUUGCGCUUGUGUCGGUCCGCGGAUCUCAACGAGCCAGUGUUGUUUAUCCUAGACUCCUAGCACUUGCGUCAGUCCGCGGAUCCGAACGAGCCAGUGUUGUUUAUCCUAGACUCGUUGUGCUUGUGUUGGUCCGCGGAUCUGAACGAGCCAGCGUUGUUUAUCCUAGACUCCUAGCGCUUGCGUCGGUCCGCGGAUCUGAACGAAUGCUUUCUUGGUCCAAAAAUGAAUUAAUGAUAAUAUUAGCCUUUCCUACCUUGUUCCCACUUUCCGGAGAGUUCCUUCCUAUCUCGCUCUCAUGCCUAACGUAAACGAAGAUGAUUUUAAAAUAGAUAUUAGCCAUAUUCAUGAUAAAUUUAGAUGUACACAAUAAAUUCUUGGUUUGCCUCUACCCCCUUACAGAGUGCCAAAAUUUAACAAAAUAUAUUUUUAAUUACUUUCUCAUCAAAACUACAAAGAUAAAUUUGAAUAACAAAAUUCAGAUUUUGGGGGGCUUACUAUUAAAGUAAUAUUUACAAUCCGUUUUUAAAUUCAAACUCAUUCGAAGUGGGUUUAAUAUGUAUUCGAGAAUCGAUUCAAAUUUAAGGUACACAGGUUGAACUAACUCUAGCGGAGAGAGUCCGAGCCCCAAGAUAUAUGGUUCCAUAGUCUAAAGCAAAUGUUAGCUAUUAUUCACGAACUUAUGGAGGGUCCGUCGAAUAUAUUUUGAAACUUGCCUUUCAGUUCUAAAUUAUAAGGCAACUCUGAAGCCAUUUAAAACAUUACAAGAUUGUGUUUGCGUAUGAAAAAACAUUAUAUAUAUAUAUA